CAACAUCGAUUUUGACCAAUCUUACGUUAUCGUUUAUUCAAGACUUAAACCUAAAGAGAAGUUCGACUUGCUUGAACAUAGUCAAGAAAUCAAAUUUUUCGAUUAUUUUCAAUGUAAAUGCAAAAAGGAAAAGACUUUUCGUCCUGAUCUUUGGCAAUACGAUAACCGUCAUUCUGACCAACAAUCUAACAAACAGAAAAAAAACAAAUUUGAUCAAAAAGAAAUUGAAGUCGGUGAACAACUCAUUGAAAAUAUAGACUCUCGAUUGAAUCAAAUAGAAGAAUAUGCUCCCAAAUCUCCAGAAUACCAUCCA